UUGAAUAUUCGCGGUGGCUUAUUAAUAACCCGUCUAUUAUUAAUAUGAGCAUGGCGCUAGAGCGCGCGCUCUGGAUGGAUAUAGUAGCAAGAGCUAGAGCGGAGACUGUAUACGGAGCAGGCAGUGAUGAAUGAACACACAUGCUGCGGGCGAGUGAGAGCGAUGGUUGCAUAGCGGGGAUGCAGACCCGUUGUCCGGGCGUGUAAUAAUACGGACAGCUGAUCCAGAAAUGUACACACAUUUCGGGGCUGCAUUUGUACACAAUGUCUUUAUGCAUUUAGUUGACACGUCUUGCGGGCAGAAGAGAUUUGCUGUCGGUGACUUCAGAUUGUAGACAAUCCCGGCCCUGCAGUCCAGGGAUGAUGUAUGUCCGCAGAUGCCGGCUAAUGAGAAUUGUGUGUGUGGAUGCAUUUUAUAGUUUCGCUCCUCCGGUCCCCGUGCUUAGAUAUCACAGCGUCUUGAAGAUGCAUGGCACAUCUUCCGUCGUACGGAGAUGCUAGCCCCGUCCGCGCGUGUUGUGCGAGUGUAGUGAUGGAUGGCAGUAAUGGCCGUGAUGUGACAGCCGCUUUAUGUGAAAACACCACCAGGGAGAAGUAACAAACUGUGAAUCACGGUUUCCUGCAUGGCUGUGUGUACAGGAGGUUGCUGAUCAGCGGGAUCACCACACGGCUGCCUACCGUGUUUCAGCAUGAUUUGACGGGUAAGCUUAGCGCUAUUUCCGCUGCAUGCCAGACAGGCGUACUCACGAGGUGUUACUCAAUGCAUCGAUGUAACAUCAUCCGCAGCGAACUGUAGAUAGGCGCAUACAUACUUGCGUGUGUGUGGACAGACUCGGGAUGGUUGGCAGUUAAUAUGCGGAUGUUGUCAGUGUACCAUCUUGAUGUAUGAGAUUAUACGGUCGGAUAUUAUGCAUUUUCAAGACGACCUAACAAUUUGUGGGACAGGUCAUUUUGUCAGCGCAAACUACAUGCGGUGAAUUCAAUUUACAUACUCUACCCUUGUAAAGAAGCGACGGCCGUGUGAACGCCAACUCUCUUGACGAUGUGGUCUAAACGUAAACACAGACGAGGGUGGUUAUCAACCCUCCUGCCUUGCCGGACUAGGCACAGGGACACGACCCUGUUCAAGCUGACCCUGAUUGCCUGCCUGGCGUUCCCGGCCUACAUCUUACUCUUCAACCACGUGUCCAACUUGGGGAGCACAGGGGACUCUCAGACCGAGGGUAGACCGGGUGCGGCCAGGGAGUCCGACCGCCAGCACACGGCGCACCUCCACCCACUGAAAACCACCCAACGUGGCUCCUCAUCGCUCCGCCACCAGACACGGCUGGAGGCAGCGUUGCCGGCGUUGGCCGCGGGAGACGAACUGAUGCGGGGAAGGAACUCCGGGAGGGGUGGAGACUGGGGCCAAGAUGGGAGGCGGCCGCUCGGUCAAAGGCCAACAAAUAAUUCCAAUGGACAGCAGAAGAUGCAGUUUAUAGCUGGAACACGAGUGUUAUAUUUGGGUUGUUACCAAGACGAAACACAGCGAACGCAGAGGGUUCUUCGGGAAGGCUUCAUUGCGGACGUACGACGAAUGACACUGGCAAUGUGUAUACGACACUGUAACAAAAGGGGCAGUUAUUAUGCCGGUUUAGAGUUCCAUAGUGAGUGCUACUGCGGCAGACGAAUCUACCACAGUAAACCAGCCAACCAGAGCCUAUGCAAUGCCACCUGCGCGGGCAACUCAUCCGAGACGUGUGGGGGCGCCCCGUAUCUGUCCAUCUACCAACUGCUUUCAGACGAUGAACGCGGUAGUGACCCAGCUCGUCAAGGGCAAGAAUCAAGCGACCCGGAAGGCUUAGCCGAUGAUUUCCGAGCGUGCGUCCCCCGGCCACAUGCCCCGAGCAACCAGCCAAUUCUCCCCUUGGGAUUCUUCACCACUGCGCCCAAAAUGACGGUGGACUCGUGCGUGACUACAUGCUACGAACGGCUUUUUCCCGUGGCCGCGUUGGGAGCCGGUAAGGAGUGUCACUGCGGCCGCUUCACUGAAGAGUUCCGCAUGGAGAAGACCUUGUCGCCCCACGAGUGCAACGUGCCGUGCGCCGGGGACGAGAAUUACUACUGCGGUGGGGAGUCCACUUUAUCCGUGUAUCAGACUGCUGCGGAAGAUAACCGUUGCAAUAACAUCACGUUAAAGCCGGUUGGUACCCUGCCGAUGGUAGCUGUUGCUAGUUUCCCUGGUUCCGGCAACACGUGGGUUCGCUACCUCAUCGAGAGAGCCACCGGGAUCUACACGGGUAGUUUUUAUAAUGAUGGCGAUCUUUUCAAAAAAGGGUUCCUCGGAGAAAAGGAGAAGUGGACGAAAGGCAACACCAUCGGCGUCAAGACGCACCGAUUCGACGAGGAACACGUGCGAAGCUUUCAGAGCGCUAUCCUGAUCAUCCGGAACCCGUACAAGGCGAUCAUAUCGGAGCACAACCGGAAGUUCGGCGGCCAUGUUGGCUUCGCACCGGAAACGCAGUACACAAAGGGGACAGAGUGGAUCGCUUUCGUAACGGGGAAAUCGCGCACUUGGGCCAACACGGCCGUCAAUUUUAUACAGUACAGUAAAAGACUCCACGUGGUUUACUACGAGGAUUUGCAGACGAGACUUUACGACGUGCUCAAAGGCAUCGUUAAUUUCCUACACGUUCCCGUGGACGAGGGCAGACUAUUGUGCGUGUUGAGCAGCCCUCAUGGAAAGUUCAAACGGUCGGGCAAGCGGAAGAACCCUUUAACCUUCGACCCCUACACGGAGGAGAUGCGCGAGAUGGUCGAGCUGUCGCUGAAGACGGUCUCCAUGGCACUAAAGCUCAGGAACUGCUCGGAACUACCGAAGGACUACAACCCAGGCCUGCACAUUUGAGCGUGGAAAACAAUACUAUUUAUUUAAAAAAAAUAUCAAAAUAUUGUAUUCGAAGUUUAUUAUGAAUUUAUUAAGAUUUAAAACAAAAAUUACACAUUCCAGUUAGAUUUUCAUGUUAUUGUUUUGUUCAUUGAAAGGAUACAAACUACAGUAGAAUGGGAACAAAGUUCGUUAUUCAGGUUUGAGGUAGACGGUAUAUACCAUAAACCAGCGACCAACUUAAACAAGAGGUUUUGUCCCAUGUACCAGUGAUUGUUAAUACCAGUACGGGCCAAAUAUACCGAUUCCUACAUUUCUGACCAAUUCCGACUUUGGCAUGGAUGGACUUUGGGUGUGAUCUUAGAGCAUCUUGAUUUGAUCAGUUGCUUUGUCAUUUUGUUAUUUUUAAUGGUAAAUCAAACAUAGGGCUUCAAUGACUAUAAUUUUGUGUCACUUGCUCGUCAAGAAGCAACUUUACUCAGUUGUGCGAAUUGCCAUCAUUGACGGGAGGUAGUCGCGAAAGCUAAACGAAUCCUGCUAUCUUGAGUCUGAUGGGCUCUAUUAAAUUAUUACCUCACAACAGUACUACUAAGAUCAAUUCAAUAUUACUAAGAUCCCAAGAUAAAAAGAUCAAAGUUCUCAAAGAGUGCCGCCAACUAGAGAUGAGACUUUUUUUUUAAGUCUUGCUUAAAAUACUGAUAAUUGAUGCAAGCUUCAUCAGCUACAAAGCUCACCGAGCGUAUCGCCAAGCAGUCUCGUUACAAAGGGUCACUGAGGAUGAUGUAAAUCCAUGCCUUUUAUACGGAAGCUUUGCAGGAAUCCAACAAAUUUGGACCAAUCAUGUUCCAACCACGCUCCCAAAAUGUGAAAAACUUGAGUGCAAUAGGACCGUAGUUUUGUACUACACGCGCCAUAGACCAAACGUGGCGGGUGAUAUCUUGUCUGCGAUAAGGCUAUAGUCUAGAGGCCUUGGAGGGAGAAAUGGGCUUUGUCCUAGAUAUGUCAUGCCAUUUUAAUUUGCGCAUUGCCCAAUUUCAUGGUUCUGCUCACCGUUAGCGAAACUGGUAGCCUAAACUGUAGCAGCAAAUUCUGUGCUUAUGCUAUAUUUCACAGCUCAGCGAGUUAUUUUGGCUUAUGCACAUACAUCCCGUAACUAUAUAAGGAUUCUGUGCUUACCGGGCUAAGUACAAGUUUGUUUUUUGCUAACUGUGCUAGCACAGAAUAGUGAUCGUAAGCACGGAAUAAUCUGGUUAGCAGAGCUGCGAAAUUGGGUCCUGGUUGGAAAGGAAAUCCAGAACACCUAAUCAACACGCCUGUGCGAAACGGAGACAAAUUCACUCCAGCAAGCAGACGAUGACAAAAAUAUUCAUCUGCGCGGAUUGACAAAGUUGAUUGAUCUCGAUCUGGCAUCACAUAGGAUGUGGGCAUCUUCUCUGGACAUUCCACAGAUAGUCAGGGCCAGGAUGGAUGACGUCACUGAUAGAGUAGCACACGCAUUCCUUUCAGCGGGAAACCCAUUGAACCAACAAACUGCGCACGAAACAGCUGGGUGCGGUUUGGUGUCGGUACACAGCUGCCGUGCACUUUAAUGCAGUGACUUUAAUUAACACGCAGCAUGCAACCUCUAUGAACUUUAACUUGGAAUUUUGUCAAAACACCCCUGGAGCCUCUUUUAAAGGCAAUGAACACCAUUUGCAAAAAAAAGUACUUUUCUGAUUCAAGGAACAACGACACAAUAAAUCGGAAGCAGGUUAUUAAAAAACUAACAUGUCGAAAUUUCAGCUUUUUGAGAUAAUUAUGAGAAUGUAUGUUCAUUUUUUUCUCGAGGCAAAGCAAUGUUUCGGUUGAAAGACUUCCCUUCCAAAAUGUUCAUUAAUACAUUUUGACUUGCACCCUCUUGUGGUUUGAUCUCACUUUGUCACUCGGGGAAAAAUCACUCUCAUUCACAGAUAUGUAACCGUUUGCAAACUAAACUAAAUUCGGUCAAUUCGGAGCAGUAUUUGACAAAAACCCCCACUUUUUUCGCGAUGGUUUGAGUCCUAACCAUCACACAGAAAUGAUGGUAAUUCCUCUUUUCUUGAAAGCAUACUAGGCACCAUGCUUUCACAGGAUUCUUGAUCCUAUUAUUUACUGAAAAUCAAGUAGGAUAUUUCAUAAUAUUUUGGCUGUUUCGUUUUUGAAUGGCUGCAAAAUGUUGUCCAUUUACCUUUAAGCAGCGUACGGUACGAGCACGAUUCUCUCUCGAUGUUAUAUCUUUUUUUCGCGGCCGUGCGAUAAUACUGGCUCGUGUACAGACUAAAAUUUGGGUUAUAAAAACUCAGUCGCGUGGGUAGCUCGAGUAAGCAUUUUCAGGGCAGUAAAAUCCGUCAAGCUAUCGAGGGCUGACAUUUCAACUGACAUAAACAAAAGGGCCGCGAGGAGAAAUUGGGGCCAUUAAAAUGUCACUUUCUAUAUACAUUAGAAUCAUGUAUCAAAAUAUACUUUUCAACCCUUAUCUGAGAAGUGCAUUUUGUCGGUUAACUUGAGUUCGUGCAUUGGAAAGAGUUCAGUGUUCAAACAGCUUUUGACAGUGAUGCGAUUUGUAAAAGUGCGUGUGCCAAUGGAACAGUUGCCGUGGGGAAUAGUUUGUAAGAAGUAUCCUGCUGAAUUUUUAGGAGGUUUUAAGGCAGCCAGGGAGCACAUCCUUACAUUCUUUUCGAUUGAUUUCUUUCCUCCGCAUCUGUCUUGCCUUGUGUCAUCACCAACGCUCGUAUCUUCGGCCUCACUCGUUUUAUUUACAAUCAUAGUCUCUUUUGGGUUCGAUAAUUUACAGGGACAGAUAUGAAAGGUCACUUAGUAUGGAUUUGUCGACAGCUGUGAUAAAAAGAAAAGAAAAACGAAAUUGGUUGUUUAUUUUUAAUAGCUUCACGAUGGCCGUCGGUGACGAUCAAUUGACGGUAAUCCUACAGAAGCGGUAUUCUUUAAGAAAAUUAGACUCAAAAUAAGCACAGCUGUUGUUACCACUUCCCUAAUUACCAUCUUAGCUGGCGUUCAAUUGCAUUACCACACGCGUGAGCUUCUGAAAUAUUCAAUCUUCGUUGAUGUACACGCGUUAUGUGUGUAUAAUGCAUCAAGUGACGAGGAUUGCAUUGAUUGAUGGGGAUAACAGAUUCAGUUGGGGAAUUUUGUAAUUCGGGUCGUGGCAAUGAUGAAUUAAGAGACACCCGUAUACGCCUCGUGCAUGGGACAAAGAUAUGGCCCCAAUCAAUCACGGCGGGAAAAAUCGUUUUUGGCCGUUUGAGGGCGCUAUCCAAUGAAAAUGUGUAGGGGUACCUACUGAAGUACAUUAAAUUAAGCAAGUUUCAUCAAUUAUUUUGUUGAGUAAUUGUUAAAUCUGUGCUGUAGGGCAUUCUGUUAUUUUUUUUUUUUUUUAAAUAAAAUUAGAACCGAGUAGUUCUCAAUCUGUAAAUUUACUUCAAUCAAAAUGCACUGAUCGCUUUUUGAAUCUCAAAAUUAUUAGCGGACAUCUGCAUUACAUGCCAAAGUCACUCUAUAAGAAUGACGUCAAAGUUGUUCAUUCAUUUUGUCGGUGCUCGCUAAAACCUUGUCGGCGUGCAUAUUACGUGACUUGGCAAUUUUUCCUUGAAAACAAAAAACCGCGAUUACAAAGUGGACACACUGUAUGCAAUGUUUAUGAUGAUGAUAAGAUUGUUUUCACUAUUGAAUGUACACCAAGAGGGCGCUGUUCAUGUAGGAGCGCAGACGGCUCUGAGUUGGCAUUAUUAUGUUAUUUCUUUCACGUCAUUUCAUUGUAAACUUUUCAGUGUUGAUAUUUAAAACCUUAAUAUUCCAUCAGUCUUUCAGCGUAUUUGUGUGUAUUUCAGAGAUCUUUUCUAACAUGCUUAUUAAAUCAAGGAGUACUUAUUGUCUGAAUAAAGAAUAUUUAUCAACUUGGAAUCAUCGUGGGGUGUGACAUAUUACAAUGAACAAUUCUGAUUUCAAUAUCAUUUGGAAUUGGAAAGGUCUGGUGUCCAAUGGUCGUAGUCUGUUUUGCCACAUAUGCCUACCCGGGAUCAGCUCCUGAAAUGUCAAACUGACUGCUGGCAUUGACAUGGUUUUUACGUGCAAUAUAAACUAUUACUUGCUGGCUUUUUUGUGAUAAAAUUUGUUUUUCUUGUUCACUAACAAGUUAUAAAAGCGAUGCCAUAGUGGGCUUAAUGUUUUGGAUCACUAUAGAUUGGCAUCUUAAAAUGAAACCAUUUUCAGUGUAAUUAUAUCGAUCCGGACUGUUGCAAUGUAAUAUAUUGCGUAGGACUUGGUAAACAGUUUGUGUAAUACUGUAUGGCGUGCAAUUCAUAGCAAUUACUCAGAAAGUACAUGCAUAUCAAACGAUAACAUUCAUUGGUUAGUCACGUCUGUGUCCUAAGAGACGAAGCAUAUGAUUGGCCAUCUAAAACAUGUUGACUCCCAAAUGCGUGGAAUACCCUGUAUCUUAGUACAUACAAAGAACAGAUAGCCAUUUCUGUCCGCAUUGCCUGUUCACCAAAUCAACUUACAGUUCAGAAAUUGACUUGACAUUUCGGGAAGAGAAAACCAAACCCAAUGAUAAUUCAAGACUAGAUUUUGAUCAAAAUAACUCCGAUGCCUUUAACUCGCUUUGGCCCGAGGUUUGUGAAUUCAGUUAAUUUUGAUACCAUUUGGCAUGACAGCAUCGAAUUCAAUCCGAGUGGAUAUAAAUAUCAAAGUCGGAGAUCUGCCUUUAAACUUGAUCAGUUUAGAAUUAAUGAAAUUGCGACGGAUAUGUACAAUUCAACCGCGGUGUUGAGCGAAACACGGAUGAAGGAUCUUCGAAAGAAAAAAAAAAUCGGAUUUUUUUUUCUCGGUAAAGGGAGAUGAGUUAUCAUCACCCUGUUGGAUUAACCUAAAUCUCCGUGGCUUGGCCCCGUAGAUUCCCCAAGGGUUACUAUGCAAUUACAGCGAUGGUUCGCCUUAAUUAACUCCGGGGCGAAGUCUCAAAUCUUUACACAUUGUCUUCAUCUGCAAAAUGUCGCUCCAGGUUGAAGUAUCACUGGCUUUUCGGCAUUUUGCCUUAAAAGAAAAAUAGUCUCAAGGAUUUGCGCUUCGUUUGAAAACAGCCGUGGUGCGAUGUCUUUUUCCCCCCAAAUGGCCAGGCUAGCCCCAAAUACUCUGGCUUUAAACUGAUAACAUUUCCCUUAGAUUUCUAAGUCGUCAAAUUCUGUGGAAAGUCUCCUUCCAAUGAAUAUAGAUUGAAUCUGUCUGUAGUUAUCUGUUUUACAAAUUCUUCGUGCUCACAGUGUCAUGAAUAUGCAAAAACCUUUCCUUUUUGCCUCGACCUUUUUCGCUCUGUGUCUCAGACAAAACUGAGUAUU